AAAACCCACGCGGCCAUCGAUAGUGCUAACCAGAGUGUACAUCACUGACAAAUGAUUUGUUUCAUUGUAAUUUAGCUAACUAGUGUCUCAAGAUGGAUCAUAUGAUUGAACAACAAACAGAAGACAAGCUAAGAUAUGGCUGUCCUGAAGACUUUGUGCAGGUUUUACAUAAAGUUAAUCCGUCAGUAUGCAUUGAAGACAUCAAUAAUGACAAUAACGAAGUCUGGUUGAUAAAGGCACCCUAUAAUUUUAAUCCAGCACAGUUGAGUGGACAAACCGUUGUAUUAAAUGGUACACAAAAGAUUGCCAAUGAUCCAGACAGUGCUAUAGACUAUGAAGUACAGGCAGUAACUGGCAACCAAUCCAAGUGCAAGAAUCUGAACCUUCUUCUGCCUUCAAAGAAGACCUCAACACUUGUUCCAGCUCUUCCUAUCAAAGGACAAAUGUCUAUUUUACAAUCUGUGAAACAGCCACCAGUAGACAUACCAUCACCAGCAGUACCCAUGUAUACUCAACUACCAGAAGGACUGAAAGUUAGAUACACACCAUUCGGUUGUGGCCCUGACAGAAAUAAACGACUAGGUCAAUCCAUUCCAGUAGCUGGAAACACAACUGAAGUGGAUAAAACUGCUAGAGAAAGGAAAAAGAAAAAAAAGAAAAGAAAAAGUGAAAAAUAUCAGCUGGAAAGUAACGUACCAUCAUCAAAUGUAGACAGUUUUUCUCCAUCAGUAGAGAUGAAAGAAAUUGUCUCAAACAAACAAGAAGUGAUGACAGCUGAAUCAGGAAAUGCAGAAAUUGAGAAAUCAAUUGAAUAUACAAACAUUAAAGUUAAAACUGAGCAUGGAAAGAAAAGGAGAAAACACAAAGAAACAGAUGACAGUGACAGUAAUGUUUCUGCCAAGGUGGUUAAAACGGAAGAUUCUGAAAUCUCUCACUUCAGCAGGAAGAAGAAACAUAAAAAGAAGAAGUGA